AUGAGUGGGCAGGUACAAAAAGCAAAUUCCCUUACAAAUCAAAGAGAAUAUAGAGACCCCAAAGAUGAAGUAACCCAUGGUGGAAGGAAAAGAGACCAUGUUGAAAAUCAAUGCCCCAACCACAACACCAUGAUGUUACUUGAGAGUGAAGAAGUUGCAUUCGAUCCCGAAGAUGAACGAGAAAAAGAAGUUACUGAAGACGGGGAAGAAGAGGUAGAUGCAGUGGAAGGAGAGCUCUUGCAAGAUGGGAAUAAAAUCACGCUCAAGCCAUUGUCACCACAACUUGUACUCAAUGAUCAAAAGCAUAUGAAGGAUAGUGUGGAAGUAUUUAGGAAGACCACAUCUACAACUAAGGACAAGGAGAACAAAGCAAAAACAAGAAUUUUCCCAUAUAAGGAGAUUGAACCAAGAAAGCUAUUUGGAGAGACAUACUUUUACACCAAACGGUAUAAUGAUUCAGUACCUAGAAAAGGCACUGUAUUGAAGCAACAAGAAGUUGCCCUUAAAAACAAAAAAGACACAAUUCGCACCCUCAUAGAUGAGAAUGGUAACAGGCUGGAAUCUUUUGAUCAUAUAUCAGCAGAGGUGAUAAAAUUCUUUUCCAACUUGAUAGGCACUGUUGACCCUGCAGUCAAAGAAAUCCAGCCAAUUCUGCUAAAGGACUUAAUCCAGUUCUCCUUGCCUGUUGAGAAGGCUGCUGCUCUUGAGAAGGGUAUUACAAAAGAGGAAAUAAAAGACGCUUUUUUCAGUCAAGGAAAUGAAAAAUCUUCGGGGCCAUAUGGGUAUUCUCCAUUCUUUUUCACAUACACAUGGCUUAUUAUUGAGAGAGAUUUUGUAGCUGCCAUUUCAUAUUUCUUCAAAGAAUCUUAUCUCCUACCCGCUUUCAAUGCUACUAUCAUUGCAUUGGUUCCUAAAAUCCCAAACCCGAGUAAGGUAAAGGACUUUAGGCCAAUUUAUUGUUCCUCAGUAGUGUAUAAAACCAUCUCUAAGAUCAUUGUCAGAAGACUAUACACUCUUAUGCCUGAUUUGGUUACACUCAACCAAAUCGCUUUUAUUAAAGGUAUGAGCAUCAUUGAAAACACUCUUCUUGCUCAAGACUUAGUUAGAGGCUAUAACAGAAAAAACUUAUCCCCUAGAUGCUCUUUGAAAGUAGACCUCCACAAAGCAUUUGAUUCACUUAAUUGGAACUCUUUUUCUGCAAUUCUGAAGGCAAUUAGACUUCCUAUGAUUUUCACCAAUUGGAUAUUCAUUUGCUUCUCAACAGCAAGUUAUUCAAUUUCUUUUAAUGGUAGCUUGUCUGGAUACUUUAAGGGAGCCAGGGGCUUAAGGCAAGGAGACCCUCUCUCAUUUACUCUUUAUUCUUGCCAUGAACAUUCUUCACGACUUUUAAACUUGGCAGCUUCAAGAGGAGUGUUCGGUUACCACCCUAAAUGCAAAAGGAUAGGUGUGACACAUUUAACCUUUGCAGACGACCUUCUCAUCUUUUGCAAAGGAAAUGAGGAAUCUAUUAUUGGUGUCAUUGUUGUCUUAGAUUACUUCUAUGGAAUUUCAUGCCUUAAACUAAAUGCAUCUAAAAGUGAGUUCUUUGUUGUUGGUAUGUCUACUGGCGUUCUUGAGAAUAUUAAACAAACCACUGGCUUCAACCUAAGUUCUCUUCCUGUGAGAUACUUAGGCAUCCCUCUGCUCACCAGGAAAAUCUCAGAAAAGGACUGUAUGUGUAGACAACUUUUCCUGCCUAGUUCUGUCUUAAAGAAAAUUGAGCAACUCUGUUCCCGAUUUUUCUGGAAAGGGUCUGACAAAACUGCUACUGGAGCAAGAGUGAGUUGGAAAAAUAUAUGUUUCUUGAAAUAUGAAGGAGGGCUUGGGAUCAAGGAUAUGAAAUCCUGGGAUAAAGCAUGUAUGAUCUCACUCAUUAAAAACAUUCUAGUUGGGGAAGGAUCUCUUUGGGUUGGUUGGCUUAAUCAAUAUGUUUUCAAGGAGAUGAAUUUCUGGUCUGUGGACAUCAACUCCACUGCUAGCUGGAGUCUCAAGAAACUCUUUAAACUCAGACUCGAGGCUCACCAAGUUCUUACUCCAGCUGCAAAUAAAGCCAGUAAAAUCUUGGAUUCACUUCGGGAGAAGAAGGCUAAGGUCCCUUGGCAGAAACUUUUAUGGUUUCCCCUGCAUAUACCCAAACACAGCCUGAUAACUUGGAUGGCUUUCCUUGAUAAGCUCCCAACAAAGGACCGACUUCAACGCAUAGGGCUCAUCAACGAAAGCCAUUGUGUCCUCUGCAAUUCUGAUCUGGAAACAAGGGAGCAUCUAUUUCUUAAAUGCCCUACUGCUGUCACCAUUUGGAAAGUAGUGUUUUCACUCUCUGGGUUACAAUUUCCUAGAUAUUCUUGGGAAGUCUUCAUGGCAUGGGCCAGCUCAAAUUGGAAAGGCAAAUCACUGCUCACUAUGGUCAUGAAGAUGGCUCUCAAUGCCCUCAUUUACACGAUCUGGGAAGAGAGAAACAAAAGGGUGUUCCAAAAUCGAGCUAGGUCUGCAGAAGAAAUCAUCAAGGCCAUUAAAGAUAAUGUUAGUCUGCAACUAAGGAGUAAAAACAUCAAUAGAGUAGAUAGUGUGAAUAUUUCUAUAUGCAAUCACUGGGGUAUUGAAGAACAUUGA